CAUCCAUCCACCUACUAAACUGUAUUCCUACAUCAAUCACUAUACAUUGAUGAAAUUGGCCAUACAGCUCACCAAUUUAAAAUAUACACUUUUACACCUUAUCAUUACUCUUCCAGGGUAUAAAAUAAAACCUUGCCUUGGUUUGGCUAUAUAAACUAGAUAGUAAUUGAGUCUGCCUGGGACACUCAAGAAACCGAGAGAUUCAAAUAGUGAGAGAGAGCGAAAAUGGCGGGGAGGUGGUCCACGUCAGCAUUGAGGUGGCUAGGAGUAGACACGGCUUACUCUCUCCUCCGGUGGCCGCAGUUCAUGUCUAGCUCGUAUUUAUCGCCGAGGUGGCCGGAGCUAAAUUUAAAUUUCUCCAUAGUUGACGACGUCGUAUGGGGUUUAAUAACAGCGUUCGAGUCAGUUGCUUUGGUUUCCAUGCUCUGCUUCUUCUUUCUCUUCUGUGGCUGCACCAUUUAAUUAAAUAAUUAAAAGUUGUACUGGUCGAAAUCGGAGAUUUUUUUUUUGGUGGCGGAGGUAACGAGGAUAACUGCCGGCGAGGGGGAUUUAGAAGGGGGAAUGAGCAGGCGAGGCGCGUGGUGGAGAACAGCUUUAUAGCAGAUUUUUCUUUUCAAAAAAUGUUAUAAAUAUGUAAUGGGCCAAGAGCAAUUGGGCUGUCAGUAAGUAAUGUGCUCGAGCAAUUGAUAGGAACAUGCUAUGGGUGUGGGUAUGGUGUAUUAGUAGUAUUGAGUAUAGUCUUUGUGUUGCUAGAAAUGAAAUUGGACAACUUUUCUUA